CUGAAAAUGUCCGUUUUGGAGGAGAACCCAGGUAUGAAAAUGGACUGUGAAGACUGGGAAAGAGAUGAACCCCAGUGCUCUUCAGAAGACCCAGUCAGAGAUGCCUUGGAGCCAGGCCCCAGCCUCACCUCCAUGAAUUCUGCCCAUGCAGGUCCAAGAGUGAAGGCCAAGGGCCCAGAGAAAUUCACCAUCCAUGACAGGGAUCACAAAGUUUUGGUCCUGGACUCUGAGACCCUCAGAGCAGUUCCGAAUAAGACCUACAUACUCCCAGAAACCUUCUUUGUAUUAGCCUCCCGUGUGAAGUCAGUUUGUGAGAACAAAGGAAGCCCCAUUCUCCUGGCUGUCUCAAAAGGCGAGCUCUGUCUCUGCUGUGACACGAAGAAAGGGCAAAGCCAGCCAUCCCUGCAGCUGAAGAAGAAGAAACUUUCCAACCUGGCUGCCCAGAAGAAACCGACAUGUCUGCCCUUCAUCUUUUAUCGGAAUAAAGUGGGCUCUUGGAAUACCUUAGAGUCGGCUGCCCACCCUGGAUGGUUCGUCUGCACCUCCCACCAUCCUGGGGAACCAGUUGGAAUGACAAAAAGUCACGGAAGAAGGAAACACACUGAGUUUUCAUUUCGGCACAUCUGCAAUGCUGAAAUGAGCCCCAGUGAAGUCAGCGAAUAAGAAACAGCCCCAUCAGAUGCCUUCCUGUCUUUUCUUCUCUAACUGUGUACCAAUGGCAGAAGAAUAUGGGAACUACUCAUUAACCUCUUUUCGUUUCUUAAUAAUGUUGUAGUCAUGCGUUCUGGGAAACAAACUUACUCAGAAAGACAAUGCAGAUAGUGGAGUGCAGUUUAUCACACCAGGGGACCCAAGGCAGAGUCUCCUCUUAGCCAAGGACCCUGACCAGUUUUUGGGAAAACCUUAUAUGCCCUAAGUGUACGUGCACAAACCCACCUCCUCAAAUUCCCUGACAAUCAAAGUUAACCCGUGAUUCAUAUGCCUUAAGCCUAGGUAGUUAACAGUGGACAAUUAUCAAUAGGCCUGUGGUCAUACUCCAAUAAGCAUAUAGAAUAUGAUUCUAUUAGAUUACACAGAUAAUUAGGGUUUUCUUUUAGGUGAUGGAGAGCCCUAGGGCUGUUCCUUCUGGGGGUCUGGUUUUCCAGUUGGUAUGUGGUUUCCAUAGAUACUGGGCAUAUGGCUCAAAGUCCACAGUCCAGUCCAAAAUGGAGUCCUGCUUUCAAGAUAGAACCUGUUCUGUUUCCUCCUUCAUUCCUCACUCUCGAUGCUCUUAACUCAUAGUAUUAGCAUCAUUCAUAGGGAUAUAUUGCACCCUGGCUCUCCAACCGUCAAUUUGGGAGAACGACACCAAUCUUUGUAUUACAAAGUUCAUAAUACAUUGUAAACUGCAGGGUCCACAAAGCAGAACCAUCAAGGCAACUAUAACAAUGUUCCACAAAUCACCCUUCACCCAAGUAGUGCCGAGAGGCAGCAUUAACCUUUGAGCAGGCAGUGCAGUUCUGAGAUUCUGUCCUGCAUAGGGAAAAGAGGUGGGGAACCAAGAAAUAUUUUCAAAUUAGCUUUUCCAGUUUAUCAUGGCCUAGGUGGAAUGCUUGGUGUGUUUGGCUUACCAGAGUGGAUGCCAGUUCCUCCUGUACCAAUAAUUUGCCACUUGGCAAUUCCCACCAUCCCUUUUCAGUCUUCAUGGCCCCUUCCACUUUGGCUAGUUGAUUUGGGGCUUCAGUGUAUUUUGGAUACUCUGGUGUUAGCUCAGGCAGCUCCGCCAAUACGAGAGCUUUAGUAGGGGCUUCACUUGUCACCCCCAAGCCCUCGGCUGCUUGUUUAGCAGUUUUAUCUGCCAGUCUAUUUAUCUGCCUGGGGGGUAUCCUUUUUUUGAUGUCCUCAGCAGUGUAUGACUGCAACCCUUUUUGGUUCCCAGAUAGCAUCUAAUAGGGUCAGAAUUUCUUCUUUAUCUUUAAUGUCCUUUCUGCUGGCUGUCAGAAGACCUCUGUCUUUAUAUAAAGCCCCAUGUACAUGUAAAGUAGCAAAAACAUACCUGGAGUCUGUGUAAA